GGGAAAACCGCAGAUUAACAAACUUACGUAAUACUAAAAAUAGCACUCUGUGAACGGUAGCCAUUUUAAAUCAACAUAGGCCUAAACGAACUUUUGCUGGCUGUCAUAAAACUAAAUAAAUUAUUUGAGGACCCUUGCAAAAGUAUUUGACUGGGUGUUACAGGUCACAAGCUCAGCCAACAUCACAAGCUCAGCCAACAUCAGACAUCAUAAGCUCAGCCAACAUCAGACAUCACAAGCUCAGCCAACAUCAGACAUCACAAGCUCAGCCAACAUCAGACAUCACAAGCUCAGCCAACAUCAGACAUCACAAGCUCAGCCAACAUCAGACAUCACAAGCUCAGCCAACAUCAGACAUCACAAGCUCAGCCAACAUCAGACAUCACAAGCUCAGCCAACAUCAGACAUCUCAAGCUCAGCCAACAUCAGACAUCACAAGCUCAGCCAACAUCAGACAUCACAAGCUGAGCCAACAUCAGACAUCACAAGCUCAGCCAACAUCAGACAUCACAAGCUGAGCCAACAUCAGACAUCACAAGCUCAGCCAACAUCAGACAUCACAAGCUCAGCCAACAUCAGACACAACAAAUGGGUGCCUAAUAUGUCACUACACAGUUAGGUCAUAUGUUAGUAAAGAAAUAAAGGCUUCAGUACGAAAAAUCAGGCAAUACAUACAAGAAUUUUAUAGUGGAAUUUUUUAAGAUUGCAGAAAGAUAAAACUAUUUUUAAACAUGGGUGCAACACUAAGCGAAACAGUCUUUAAACCAGGACACCAUGAAUGUGAGAUCUGCUAUGGAGGUGAAGCUGACUUACGCAAACACUAUACCAGCUGUAAGAAAAAUCCAGGUCAUGUCAACUUUAUACCUGUUAAUGAUUUCAAUUUUGAUCAUCUCCCUUUACGUUACCGUGACGUCAUUAUGUUGGAUGUAAUCAAAGCUUUGUCUGCCCUAACGAUCCUGAUAAAGGUAGAGUACACCAGUCUAAAAAGACCAAAGUCCCUUCCGUGCUUCAGUGGUCAGUAUCCAUGUUAUAACACCAGAGGAAGUGACGUGUUGAGGACAGGGACGGGACGGGUGUUUGAUGUGAUCAAGUACACAGAGCGUGACAACAAGGGCACUUGUCCAUGUGGCAAGUGUAAACACUCGGACACACCUAGUAAUGUGUGGGGGAAGGUUCAUGUGGUGACAGCAAAACACGUAGUGUUUGAUGACAGUGAGGCGAAACGGACCAGGUGUGUUGUAGGUUUUGAUGACAAUAAAAGUCCUGGGGUCAGUAUUGAUGGUUGGGGAGUGAGUGGGGCAGACCUUUUUGGAGACAGGUGUGAGUUAACAUGUGUGUCAUGUGACUUAGGUUUGGUUGAUGAACUGUAUAAGAUGUGUGAGCACUUUGAGAAUCUAUGUGAGAAAGUAAGUGACAAAUACUGGAGAUAUCUUGAUGUGGACAAGUUGACCGUUAUAGUGUCACAUCCUCAUGGCUGUCCUAAACAGGUUUCUGUAGGACAAUGGACACACGAACAUAAGGGGAAAAGUUGGUCCAAGUACACGUACACAACAUGUACAUGUCCAGGCUCCAGUGGAGCACAUGUCUACAUGCUGGGAUAUCACAGGUGGUUGUCACAUCCGCACAGUGGAUCAAACUCUGAAGGAAAUUUUAGUGGGGAGCCUUGGUUGUUUGGUUGAUCCUUCUGUAACUGUUAGUUCUCUCCACUUGUCUAAUGUAACUGUUAGUUCUCUCCCCUUGUCUAAUGUAAACAAACAAAAUGGCAACUCCCUUCAUUUGACUUGUGUGUACCAAGACUACAAUGUGUUCAUCAGCAACUUUGUAUUCUGGUAAAGACAAGAAAUAAAUUGUUUGGUUUCUUUCAAGUCAUUUGUUUAAAGUUGCUAGGCAAGUAAAUUAAAAACAAAUGUUUAUUCCAAUGA